AUGGGCGAGCCCGUGUCGGCCCACGCCUUUGGCGGCCUCCCGCGGGAGAGCUGGAACUCCGGGAUCCUCUCCUGCCUCGGCCGCAACGACGAGUUCUGCAGCAGCGACGUCGAAGUGUGUCUUCUUGGAACAGUAGCACCAUGUGUGCUCUAUGGUAGUAAUGUUGAGAGGCUUGCUGCUGGACAAGGCACAUUUGCAAACAGCUGCUUGCCUUACACUGGCCUGUAUAUGCUUGGGAACUAUCUCUUUGGGUGGAACUGCCUUGCCCCAUGGUUCUCUCAUCCCACUCGUACUGCUAUUCGACGACGCUACAAUCUUGAGGGUAACUUUGAGGCUUUCACCAGGCAGUGUGGGUGCUGCGGCAGUCUGGUCGAGGACGAGGAGAGGCGUGAGCACCUAGAGGCUGUCUGUGACCUUGCUACCCACUACCUCUGCCACCCUUGCGCCCUCUGCCAGGAGGGACGUGAGCUGCGCCGCAGGGUUCCCCACCCUGGAUUCAACAAUGGACGCUCCGUCUUUGUCAUGAUGCCACCCAUGGAGCAGACCAUGGGGCGUGGCAUGUGA